CACGAGGCGGAGAGGCGAGGAGGAGAGGCAAGGCGGAGAGGCGAGGCAGAGAGGCGAGGCGGAGAAGCAAGGCGGAGCGGCGAGGCAGAGCGGCGAGGCGGAUCGGCGAGGCGGAGAGGCGAGGCGGAGAGGUGAGGCGGAGAGGCAAGGCGUCCUCGCGAGGCGGAGAGGCGAGGGAAGGGUAGGAGGCAAGCUGGGGAUUGGAGGAGACGACGAGAGGGGAGGUGGGGAUUCUUACCCUUCCUAUCCGCCCUGAAUCUUCCCAUGCCUCGCACCUCCCUUUCCCCAUCUCGCAACUCGCAUUCCCCACCACACACCUCCCUUUCCCCACCACACACCUCCCUUUCCCCAUCUCACACCUCCCCUUCCCCAUCUCACACCUCCCUUUCCCCGUCUCACAACUCCCUUUCCCCAUCUCACACCUCCCUUUCCCUGUCUCACACCUCCCUUUCCCCAUCUCACUCGUCCUCAUCUCCGUUUCUCCUCCACCCUCCCCUCUCCGCAGACGUACGAGAGAGCUGGCCUGGCAUACACGCUCUCAGCGCAGUCAGCCCAUCUGCUGCAACGAGCCAACACGAGGGUGGGAGGGACGGCAACAGAUAGCGAUGGGCUCGAGUCUGUGUGCAGCGUUUACAUCCUCCUCUUCCUCCAACCCUCCGCCCCACCACGCUCUUCCCCCUCAUCACCCCACACUCCCACCAUCACACCCCUCUUCUCACCUCGAGGACAGCAGCAGCAGCAGCAGCGGGAGCUCCCUGGUGCUGCCUGCGCCGCACUCGGCCCCCUUUAUGGAGGGCCGGGAGUGCGAGAUGCCCACUUUCAGAGGCAGGGGGGUGCCAAAAAACGAUAGAGGGGGAGGGGCAGCGGCUGCUGCUGCUAGUGCUGCUACUAACACUGCUGCUGGGGCUGCCACCUCCUCCUACACUUUCUCCCAGCCUUCCUUGGAUAGCAGAAAAGGGGCAAACGGGGUGGGUGGGACGGUUGUCGCUGGGUAGUUUUCAGCAGCGGAGGAGCCAACAGCACUACCAAUAACUGCAAGAGUGGGAGCAGAGGUGGUGCUGAGAGCACGAGUGGGAGGAGCGUUACAAGUGAGCAGCAGGAGAUGGUGAUCGAUCUCUCGUUUGGCUCUGCUUCUUCCCCCGCCCGAAACCCUCCAUACAUGUUCCACGGCCUAAAGAUGAAAUGCAACAUCAUCCCUAUCAUGAAAUAACAAAUAGAAGGAUGUGUAUAAGAAUGAUGAGCUCACUUGCAACCACUAGUACCUCACUUGCAACUUUGCAAGCGUGACAAGCUCCAUGUGAUAAGAAU